AUGGUUUCUGAUGAAGCACCCCUGGCUUCUUUUGCCACUUCCGUUCCCAUGACUCCGUCUUUGCCAAUCAUGGCUGUUUCUGUUCCUCCCCAGGCUGUUUUUACUACUUCCACUGUUCCUCCUUCAACGAUUGCCUCCAUUGUUCCUCCUUCAACGAUUCCCCCUCCACCUGUUCAUCAUACUGAGGUUGGUUCCUCAAGUGGAAAUAUUGUUAUGAAGCAAGUCACCAUUGAAGUCCCUGCUGAGGGUAACCUUUUAAGUAAAUCAGGUCAAGCAGAUGUGUGGCUAAAGCCUUUGAUUGGUCCAGUCGAAAAGGCUAAGCUUGAGAGUCACAGUUCUUUGACCUUGAUGAAUGACAUAGUGCAUGCUUCUUUAAAGGUUAAUUUAAUUGGCACAAAGAUGAUGAAAAGAGUUACCCUUUUAGAGCAAUUAAUGCGUGACUAUCAGAUGGAGGUGGAUAAUUGGAAGGGACGGUGUUACAGUCUUCAAAUUGAUGUGGAAACCUUAGAAGAAAGUAGAAGCACCUUGGAGCAGCAGGUAAGGGUCUUGACAUCAGAGCUGGCAGUUGUAAAAGCUUCUUUAAGUGAAGCAAGUAAAGAAAAGUUACGUCUUGAAACCUCUUUUUCUGAGCAACUUUCCAAGGCUAGUGAGGAGAUUAGAGAGUUGAAGGCUCUCUUGGCUGAGAAAGAAGCAUAUGCUGGAGAACUUGUGCAAACACUGACACAAACUCAAGAAGACCUCCGGGAAUCUUCUGAAAAGGUUCGCUUUUUAGAGAGUUCUCAAGCUGCUCUCCAAGCUUCUCAGGAAUCUGCCUUAGCUGAAAAUGAAAAAUUAAGAAAUGAAGUUGCUGAUUGGGAAAGAGACUAUGAGAUCCUUGAAGAGAAAUCUGCCAUUGAAGUGAGUUGGGCGUUUUUAAAUUCUCGCCAUGAUACCCUCGUUCAAGUUAGCCAGGAGAAUUUUAACUUAGAAUCUAAGUUAGCCAAGAUCAAAGAGGCUCUCGAGAAGACUCAGCAGAACCAAGAUUUCCCUUCUCCUGUGGUUGAAAUUUCUAAACAAAUUGAAGAUGAUACGGGUAUCCCCACUCCUUCGAGUCAAACUGAGCCGCCCGCUGCUGUUGAUGUCCCUGUUUCAGUUCCUUCAAGUUCUCAGUGA